CACUCCCCCGAAGAUGCCGCCACCUUCGCCUCCUCCAAGCCUGCUCUUGGAGGGCGAGGAGGAGGAGCAGAGCUUUGUUGAGGACCAGGCCCUCUACUAUGUCCACCGCAAGGACUGGGCCUACUGGCAAAAGGGCAAGUCCGCCAAGAAAUCCUGGACUGGCGACAAGCAGGGCAUGGUCAAGUGCAUCGUGGCCUCAAGGAAGAAAAAGUCCUUGGCCAUGGCGGCUGCCAAAAAGGCUCUGGCCGCAGUGCACAAGACCCAUGGCAAGCGCGUCCGGAAGUCCAAGAACAAGGGCUUGAAGAGGAAGGUGUUCUGGGCUCG